CCACAGUCUGCCGCAGCCGCCCCGUUCCGUUCCAGAAUCGCAGCCCAAUUUCGCCAAGCCGAUCGAUCGAGAGCCAUGUCGGCCGCCAGCACCGAGACGAGCGCCCCGCCGCUGCCCUCCGCCGCCGGCCGCGUCUUCUUCCAGGCCGCGCCGGGCGUGGGCUGCGCCGGUUCGGCCGCCGCCGCCGCCGCCGUCGCCGCGGCCGCUGCGCUGGGUGGUGGCGGCGGCGGCGGCGGCCCCGACGACCCGGUGCAGAAGCGGCAGGGCAAAGUCACCGUCAAGUACGACCGCAAGGAGCUGAGGAAGCGGCUGGUGCUGGAGGAGUGGAUUAUCGAGCAGCUCAGCGAACUCUACGAUUGCGAGGAGGAGGAGAUGCCCGAAGUGGAGAUCGACAUCGAUGACCUUUUGGAGGUAGACGGCGACGACGAGAGAGCCGUCAAACUGCAGGAGUCCUUAAUAGACUGUUACAAACCAACAGAGGAUUUCGUCCGCGAGUUGCUGGGCAGGAUAAGAGGAAUGAGGAAGCUCAGCGCGCCGUCAAAGAAGGGUCUAUAAUGUCGGGGGGUGGGGCGGGACUCCCGACACCGCCUCAUUUUCUGCUGCCCGAUCCCUACCUUACCCGCGACACUUCACUAACUCAUCGGAAAAUAAGUCAAGCCCUCGCUCAAUGACAAGGACGCUUUCCUACGCUACCUUAGCGGACUGUUACGACGGCCAAAGUAGCAAAUCUGUCCAUGCAAAGGGAGGAAAUAAGUCUAUACACUGUACUGCAUUUGCAGUGAAAUCAGCUGUAGAGCUAUGCUAACUUUUGUUUUUACUGCUGUCACUGUUAUUUCCUGCUCAUCCACCCACCCUCCUGACAUUUGAACUUAUUUUCGCUAGCCUGUCGAGGAGAUUUUCAGUCAACCGCCCCGAAGGAUUAUAAUGCGAGUCGACUCGUGGCCAA